AUGUUUCUUCUUGUCUUGGCAGUGUGUGCAGGAACAGAGAAUAAGUUGAGCUCUCUCUCUGACCUGGAACAGCAGUACCGAGCCUUGCGCAAAUACUAUGAGAACUGUGAGGUAGUCAUGGGCAACCUGGAGAUAACCAGCAUCGAGCACAACCGGGACCUCUCUUUUCUGCGGUCUAUAAGAGAAGUCACAGGCUACGUGUUGGUGGCUCUUAAUCAGUUUCGCUAUCUGCCUCUGGAGAAUUUACGCAUUAUUCGUGGGACAAAACUUUAUGAAGAUCGAUAUGCCUUGGCAAUAUUUUUAAACUACAGAAAAGAUGGAAACUUUGGACUUCAAGAACUUGGAUUGAAGAACUUGACUGAAAUCCUAAAUGGUGGAGUCUAUGUAGACCAGAACAAGUUUCUUUGUUAUACAGACACAAUUCAUUGGCAAGAUAUUGUUCGGAAUCCAUGGCCUUCCAACCUGACUCUGGUGUCAACAAAUGGUAGCACAGGAUGUGGACAUUGCCAUAAGUCCUGCACUGACCGAUGCUGGGGGCCCACAGAAAAUCAUUGCCAGACUUUGACAAGGACUGUCUGUGCAGAACAGUGUGAUGGCAGAUGCUACGGACCCUACGUUAGUGACUGCUGUCACCGAGAAUGUGCUGGAGGCUGCUCGGGACCUAAGGACACCGACUGCUUUGCCUGCAUGAACUUCAAUGAUAGCGGAGCAUGUGUUACUCAGUGUCCACAAACUUUUGUCUACAAUCCAACAACCUUUCAACUGGAGCAUAACUUCAAUGCAAAAUACACCUAUGGAGCAUUUUGUGUCAAGAAGUGCCCACAUAACUUCGUGGUCGAUUCCAGUUCCUGUGUGCGUGCCUGCCCUAGUUCCAAGAUGGAAGUAGAAGAAAAUGGGAUUAAAAUGUGUAAACCUUGCACUGACAUUUGCCCAAAAGCUUGUGAUGGCAUUGGCACAGGAUCAUUGAUGUCAGCUCAGACUGUGGAUUCUAGUAAUAUUGACAAAUUCAUAAACUGCACCAAAAUCAAUGGGAAUUUGAUCUUCCUUGUCACUGGUAUUCAUGGGGACCCUUACAAUGCAAUUGAAGCCAUAGACCCGGAGAAACUGAACGUGUUUCGGACAGUCCGAGAGAUAACAGGUUUCUUGAACAUACAAUCAUGGCCCCCAAACAUGACUGACUUCAGUGUUUUUUCUAACCUGGUGACCAUUGGUGGAAGAGUACUCUAUAGUGGCCUUUCCUUGCUUAUCCUCAAGCAACAGGGCAUCACUUCUCUACAGUUCCAAUCCCUGAAGGAAAUCAGUGCAGGAAACAUCUAUAUCACUGACAACAGCAACCUGUGUUAUUAUCAUACCAUUAACUGGACAACGCUCUUCAGCACAGUCAACCAAAGAAUAGUGAUCCGGGACAACAGGAAAGCUGAAAACUGUACUGCUGAAGGAAUGGUGUGCAAUCAUCUCUGUUCAAACGAUGGGUGUUGGGGACCUGGGCCAGACCAGUGCCUGUCUUGCCGUCGCUUCAGCAGGGGAAGGACCUGCAUAGAGUCUUGUAACCUCUAUGAUGGUGAAUUUCGGGAGUUUGAGAAUGGCUCCAUCUGUGUGGAGUGUGACCCCCAGUGUGAGAAGAUGGAAGAUAGCAUCCUCACAUGUCAUGGACCGGGACCUGACAACUGUACAAAGUGCUCCCAUUUUAAGGAUGGCCCGAACUGUGUGGAAAAAUGUCCAGAUGGCUUACAGGGAGCAAACAGUUUCAUUUUCAAGUAUGCUGAUCAGGAUCGGGAGUGCCACCCAUGCCAUCCAAACUGCACCCAAGGGUGUAGCGGUCCCACUAGUCAUGACUGCAUUUAUUACCUUUGGACGGGCCAUUCCACUUUACCACAACAUGCUAGGACUCCUCUAAUUGCAGCCGGAGUCAUUGGCGGGCUCUUCAUCAUGGUCAUCGUGGGUCUAACAUUUGCAGUUUAUGUUAGAAGGAAGAGCAUCAAAAAGAAAAGAGCCUUAAGAAGAUUCCUGGAAACAGAGUUGGUAGAACCCUUAACACCCAGUGGUACAGCGCCUAAUCAAGCUCAACUACGUAUUUUGAAAGAAACUGAGCUCAAAAGAGUAAAAGUACUUGGUUCAGGUGCUUUUGGAACUGUUUACAAAGGUAUUUGGGUCCCUGAAGGAGAAACAGUGAAGAUUCCUGUGGCUAUUAAGAUUCUUAAUGAAACAACUGGUCCCAAAGCCAAUGUGGAGUUUAUGGAUGAAGCUCUGAUCAUGGCAAGUAUGGACCAUCCACACUUAGUCCGGUUAUUGGGUGUGUGUCUAAGCCCAACCAUUCAGCUGGUUACACAGCUUAUGCCCCAUGGCUGCCUGUUGGAUUAUGUCCAUGAACACAAGGAUAACAUUGGAUCCCAGCUAUUGCUUAAUUGGUGUGUCCAGAUAGCUAAGGGAAUGAUGUACCUGGAAGAAAGACGGCUUGUUCAUCGGGAUUUGGCAGCCCGUAAUGUCUUAGUGAAAUCUCCAAACCAUGUAAAAAUCACGGAUUUUGGACUAGCCAGGCUCUUGGAAGGUGAUGAAAAAGAGUAUAAUGCUGAUGGAGGAAAGAUGCCAAUUAAAUGGAUGGCUUUGGAGUGUAUACACUAUAGAAAAUUCACCCAUCAGAGUGACGUUUGGAGCUAUGGAGUCACUAUAUGGGAACUGAUGACCUUUGGAGGAAAACCCUAUGAUGGAAUUCCAACCAGAGAAAUCCCCGAUUUGUUAGAGAAAGGAGAACGUUUGCCCCAGCCUCCCAUCUGCACUAUUGAUGUUUAUAUGGUCAUGGUCAAAUGUUGGAUGAUUGAUGCUGACAGUAGACCUAAAUUUAAGGAACUGGCUGCUGAAUUUUCGAGGAUGGCUCGAGACCCUCAAAGAUACCUAGUUAUUCAGGGUGAUGAUCGUAUGAAGCUUCCCAGUCCAAACGACAGCAAGUUCUUUCAGAAUCUCUUGGAUGAAGAGGAUUUAGAAGACAUGAUGGAUGCUGAGGAAUAUCUGGUCCCUCAGGCUUUCAACAUCCCACCUCCUGUCUAUACUUCCAGAGCAAGAAUCGACUCAAAUAGGAGUGAAAUUGGACACAGCCCUCCUCCUGCCUACACCCCCAUGUCAGGAAACCAGUUUGUGUACCGAGAUGGGGGUUUUGCUGCAGAACAAGGAGUGCCCAUGCCCUAUAGGGCCACUACCAGCACAAUCCCAGAAGCCCCAGUUGCUCAGGGGGCUACUGCCGAGAUUUUUGAUGACUCCUGCUGUAACGGCACCUUACGCAAGUCCGUGACACCCCACGUCCAAGAGGACAGCAGCACGCAGAGGUACAGCGCUGACCCCACAGUGUUCGCCCCAGAACGGAGCCCACGAGGAGAGCUGGAUGAAGAAGGUUACAUGACCCCUAUGCGAGACAAACCCAAACAAGAAUACCUGAACCCUGUGGAGGAAAACCCUUUUGUCUCUCGGAGGAAAAAUGGAGACCUUCAAGCUUUGGAUAAUCCCGAAUAUCACAGUGCUUCCCAUGGUCCACCCAAGGCAGAGGAUGAGUAUGUGAAUGAGCCACUGUACCUCAACACCUUUGCCAACACCUUGGGGAACACUGAAUACCUGAAGAACAAAGUACUGUCUGUGCCAGAGAAGGCCAAGAAAGUAUUCGACAACCCUGACUACUGGAACCACAGCCUGCCACCUCGGAGCACCCUUCAGCACCCAGACUACCUGCAGGAGUACAGCACAAAAUAUUUUUAUAAACAAAAUGGAAGGAUCCGGCCUAUUGUGGCAGAGAAUCCUGAAUACCUCUCUGAGUUCUCGCUGAAGCCAGGCACUGUGCUGCCUCCUCCGCCCUACAGACACCGGAAUACUGUGGUCUAA